AUGUCGUCGCCGUUGCUAGAGACCAGAGCUCCGGCGCACACCCAACAACACCAAAACCUCAAUAACGGUCAGAUUUCUCACCCUUUCUCGUUCGACUUUUCUGGGUUCUCGUUGCAAAAUCAAUCCGAGCAAUAUCAAAGCUUGUCCCACACCAUGAACCCAUCAAAUGCUGGUGAUGUAACUUCUGGUUUUUCGAAUUCUAACGACAUAAACUCCAAUUUUGGCUUCAAUACCUCGUCCCUUUCGCGGCAGGGGUCCGGUCUUGCGAGACCGAGAUUUGUGAAGGUGAGAAGAGGCUUGAAUGCUCAGAAUUUUAAACCCCCAGAGUCCCCAGAAACCGGGUUUCGUCCUGGAUUCAAUCCGUUUCGAACCAAUUUGGAGAGUUCAAUUCCAGUCCCAUCCGGGUUAGAAACGGGGACUUCAGUCUCUGGGGAAUUUGGGACCCCUAAGAGUGGGAAUGAAGGAAAAAUGUUCGGGGCCAAUAGGAGUGAUUCGAAUGCAAAUUCGGGGAAAUGGGAUUCUAAUGCGAGUUUGAGGAAAGGAGUGAUUGAUGAAAUGAGGAAUUUGAAAAUCGGGAGUGGCAAUGAGUUUCUGAAUACCAAAGAGGGUGCUUUCAGUUUUAAUGCAAGAAGUAGGGUGAGUUCGAGUUCAGCUGCGGGGUUGGAUAAAGGUGGUUUCGUCUUUGGUAAUGGUUAUAGGAAGAAUUCUAGUAUUGAUGAAAGCAUUGGGUCAAAGCUUCCCGAGGAUAUGAUGAAGUUGAACAUUGAAGGUCCCGAGAACGCUGAAUCUGUUGAGAAAGGUAAGGAUGUAAAGUUUAAUGUAACUGCAACUGACAAGACCAAGUUUGGUCUGGGGAAUAAUGACAAUGUGGGUGGUUCUUUGGGCCAAAACCUGGAAUCGGAACUCCCAAAUGAGUUGAAGAAGUUGAACAUUAAGGAGACUGUGCAGCUGGAUCGCAGUACUGACACACCUAAUGCCGAUUGUGUGUAUAAGUUUGCCUUUGGAAAUAGUAAAAAGGAUAGCUAUUCAUUUUCUGGAAGCUCGGAAAAUAUACUUCCAGAUUUGAUGAAGAAUUUGAACAUAAAGGACCAUGCAGAUAUGAGUGACAGAGACAAUCCGGCCUUUACAAGUGGUAAAACUGUUGGUGAUACUUUUGAUGGAAGAAAAGGAACUCUUCUGUCGAGAAAGAUGGAGAAGCUGAAUCUGGGAAGUAGGGCUGGAGACUCUACUCAAUCACAUGCAGGGACUCCGUCGCAUCAAACAUCUAUAAAACAUGUGGAAACUGGAAAUUGCGGUGACAAGUUAUUUCACAAUCUUGAUAAACCAAUACCAAGAGAGUUCCCUUUUCAGGUGGCAAUGCAGGGCAGGAAUGCAGGUGGUUGUGAUUUUUCGUCAGACCAACCAAAAGAUGAGGCCAAAUCAUGCGGAACCACUCCAUCUGGUGGCAUUCAUUUUGAACCAGUUGGAGGCACUUCUGAAAUGCCUGCUGUUGACAGACCUGAGAACAGGGAUGAGUUUUACUUUACAAGCAAGCAAGAUGGUUUAGGCGGACACUCUGUAGAAUUUAAAACACCAAAUACCAAAGCAAACCUGUUUUCUGGCAUAAAUAAGAAACUAGAAUCUGGCGCAAGGAGGGAAUCAUUUAGGGACACUAGAAAGAAAAAAACAACCGGAAAACCAAGACGUUCUAGCUCAGCCCAUCUGGGCCCUAGGCAUGACUUUGUUUCAAGGGAAGGCAGUUCUCAGGAAAAUGUUGAGGCCUCUGCAUCCUAUUCACCAAUGGACGUUUCCCCUGAUUCAGUACCAACAGUUUCAAAUGAUCCUAUUGAUGAAGAUCUGGCUAUGGCAACAGGACGUCUGGAUAUAAAUGAAGUUGAUGCAACAAGCAGAGAAACAAGAGCGGACACUUUUGAGUACGGUUUGGAUGGAAGUGUUGAUGUUGAAGGCACCCUUGAAGGAUCCGUUUCUGAGGUUGAAACUGAAAGCUUUAAGUCUGCUGCUGAGGAGGUAGACUUUAGUAGGGAUAACUCCCUUACCGCAGCAGAAACUGAAGCCAGUUCGAGCUCAAACAUUGAAAGACAUGAUAUUGAUGCCAGGAUACACUUUGGCUUUCCUUCAACUUCGGAAGAUAGAACUCGGUCUAACUUUACCUUUGCUGCCUCUUCUGCUGCUCAAAGUCAAUUAUCUGCAUCAAAACGCCUCCACAAAAAGAAAAAUUUGGUAAAGGAAGGUCAAGAUACCAAUGUUAUGGUUCCAAAUGUUAAGGUUCCAUAUGCAUCAUCCUCUGCAAAUUUUUUUCCGUAUCCUGGUGCUUCAGUACAUAUGUCACCUAGACGUUCUCAGAAAAUAGACUUGUCUAUCCCACAACAUAAAUAUGGAGAUAAUUCUGGGGUCUGUAAGGAAAAGGAGAUAAGGCAAGAAUCUGGUUCUCCAUCCGCUGAAACAGCUGCAGCUCAGGAAGCAUGUGAAAAGUGGAGACUAAGGGGAAACCAAGCAUACUGUAAUGGGGAUCCGUCUAAAGCCGAGGACUGCUAUACGAAAGGGGUGAAUUGCAUUUCUAGAAAUGAGACAUCUAAAAGCUGCCUUAGGGCAUUGAUGCUGUGCUAUAGCAACCGUGCAGCAACACGUAUGACUCUUGGAAGAUUGAGAGAUGCACUUGGGGACUGUAUGAUGGCUGCAGGAAUUGAUCCCAACUUCCUCAAGGCGCAGGUUAGAGCUGCCAAGCCUGUCUGUUCUCAUUUUUUGUAUCCUGUAUGUUUUCUAACUGGACUUCUUGUCCACAACGUUGCUGGCAUGGUGCUCUUAAAGGGCCAGUGCUGUUAUCUUGCCCUUGGGGAAGUUGAAGAUGCUUCACAACAUUUUAGGAGGUGCCUGCAGUUGGCAAAUGAUGUCUGCGUGGACCGAAAGAUUGCAGUAGAAGCCUCUGAUGGCUUACAAAAAGCACAGAAAGUGUCUGAAUGCCUGAAUCUUUCAGCUGAACUUUUACAAUGGAAGAUAUCUACCAAUGCAGAGAGAGCUUUGGAACUUAUUGCUGAAGGCUUGGUAAUGAGCCCUAGCUCAGAAAAAUUACUUGAAAUGAAAGCGGAGGCUCUUUUCAUGAUGCGGAGGUAUGAAGAGGUGAUUGAGCUGUGCGAGCAGACCCUUGGUUCCGCUGAAAAGAACAACCCUUCAAUAGAUACUAAUUACCAGGCCCUUUCUUCAGAUGGUUCUGAACUUUCCAAAUACUUUUACUUCCGACUCUGGCGGUGCCGUGUGAUUUUUAAAUCAUAUUUUCAUCUAGGGAAACUUGAGGAGGGUCUUGCUUCACUAGAGAAACAAGACGAAAAGGUGUCCACAUACAGGAAUUGGAGAAAAACUUUGGAAUCAUCUGUACCUCUUGUUCUCACUGUACGUGAACUUUUAUCUCAUAAGAAGACGUUUGAUAUUCAAAAGCUCAAAACUGGAGAGGAGAUUAGAUUGGAGAAAUCAGUGAGAGAUUUCCUGCAGGAGGCAGUGGGGGACGGGAAAAGGGAUUAUUUGGUGAGGUUGGUAGUUGCUUCUUGUUUACUAGAAAAGAGUGGUGUAGGAACAGGCAACUUGGAUAAAAGAAAACGCCUCCUUGGGAAGUUGUUGUGGAGGUUCCUUUUGGAAUUGCCCCUAGGAUGCUUCCAUCACAACCAAGCUGCAGGGAAUGAAGCAUUUCAGGCUGGAAGGCAUACCGAAGCAGUUGAGCAUUAUACUGCUGCUUUGUCAUGUAAUGUGGAAUCACGUCCAUUUACAGCUGUUUGUUUCUGCAAUCGUGCUGCUGCGUACAAAGCAUUGGGCCAAAUGACUGAUGCUAUUGCUGAUUGCAGUCUAGCUAUAGCUCUUGAUGGAAAUUAUCAAAAGGAAAGAGAGACAGAGGGAGAGAAAAGGAGGAGGGCGGGGCAGUGGUGCAGAGGGUGGGUGAGGUUAGGGUGUGGCUGUUGGAGGUCUGAGAGGGAGAGAGAGGAGAUAUGGGUGGGAACGAGGAGAAGGUUGGGGUUGGGGUUUAGUGCGAUGGAGAAGAUGGCUAUUUCUAGGCGAGCUACAUUAUAUGAGAUGAUCAGAGAUUAUGGACAAGCAGCUAGAGAUCUUCAGAGACUUGUAUCUCUUCUCACUAAGCAGGUAGAGGGAAAAACCAAUCAUUGUGGAACAUCUGACAGAUCCAUUAGCUGCACAAACGAUUUGAGACAAGCUCGUCUUCGUCUUUCUGGAAUAGAAGAAGAAGACAGAAAGGACAUCCCCUUGGAUAUGUACCUGAUUCUGGGAGUCGAACCAUCUGUUUCAGCAGCAGAAAUUAAGAAGGCCUAUCGGAAAGCUGCACUUAGACAUCAUCCUGACAAGGCUGGUCAAUUCUUUGCAAGGAGCGAUAAUGGUGAUGAUGGGGUUUGGAGGGAGAUAGCAGAAGAAGUGCACAAGGAUGCUGACAGGCUUUUCAAAAUGAUCGGGGAGGCAUAUGCAGUACUUUCAGACCCUACCAAGCGUUCAAGGUAUGAUGCUGAAGAGGAGAUGAGGAAUGCACAAAAGAAACGCAGUGGAAGCAGCACAUCUAGAAUGCCUGCAGAUGUUCAAAAUUACCCAUUUGAAAGAAGUAGCAGUAGGCGACAAUGGAGCUACGGCAACUCAUCUGCUAGAGGGUCAGAAGCAACAUGGUCAACCCCGCAUCUGAAUGGUAGUGACCGCCUGACCGUCAAUGGCUUGAGUGACAUUGUGAUUAAAAGAGGGAGAAUGUGUGCAGUAGAGAUGAUAUGCAAAGACGCAAACCAGAAAGUGGUCUUCCCAGUUUGCUAG